CCUUCCUACAAUUCAGAAACCGCCAAUUCCAAAUUCUCCGGCAAUUUUCCAGAUCUUUCGUUACAUCCAAUUUAAUCUUGGUCAUGUGCCACCAAAAUUUGUCUGCAGUGGAAACAGAUACAGCUGUAGAGAAUCUAUUAGUAUAUUGCAAGCCUGUUGAGUUAUACAAUAUUCUUCAUCGCCGUGCUUUACACAACCCUUCAUUUCUUAGAAGAUGUCUGAAAUACAAAAUACAGGCGAGGCAUAAAAAGAGUAACUGAAGAUUUCUCUUUCCCCUUUUGCUUGAUGCAAUGUGCAAGUUUUAAGGGUCUGCGGUAUCACUUGUGCUCAUCACAAGAUUUAUUCAACUUUGACUUCUGGAGGAGUAUCAAGCUGUGAAUGUCUCUGUGAAAAUUGAUUCAUUAAUAUCUGAGGCUUUGGCAAAUGGAGUAGACCCACGAGUAGAAACUUUCUGCUUCUGGUAGGGUAUAAUUAUUUGGGUACAUCUUGCUUCUUUCAACUGCUAUGAAAUCUUCUUGCCAGAAAUAAAUUCUAUUAGCUCAAUGGUAAAAGGAAUUGCAUGUGCAGCUGAAAACCACGAAGACUUAGGUCUACAAGCCAUCUGCAGAGCGCGAAGAAUGUCAAUGUACAAUUUUUGGAGUUGGACUCUCCCAAAAUGGUCAGUGAAAGCAGCAGGCAGAAUGGAUUUCUGGAGAAUGAUGAUGGUAAUUUUUCUAGCAACCUUUUCAUUUUUAUUUUUGUCUGUCUUUAUGUUUAAUGCUAGUCUUUUAUUAAUAGUGUGGGAACUGCUAAUGCUUUACAUCUUGAAAUCACCAAUUUAAUUUUGUAACUUAUAAGUAAACAAUACUAGAAAAAUGAGUCCAUAUUUACCUUUCUUGAACAUAACUUUUGAACUCUCUGAAUGUGAGAGGGCUUUCAAGUCAAUUCCUAUUGAGAAAGUUGUGCAGAAUGGAUGGCAUGGUCGGGAAAACUAUGCCUCUGAUUAUGCUAGUACAACUGAGUGUCCUGCCCAGGUUGCAACUAGUUCUGAUGGUCCAGGAGUUUCAAUUGCAAUGGCCCAUUCUGUAACUGAUGCAGCAGCUCUUCCUGCGAAAAUAAGGAAAAUAGUGGCAGAACGAUAUGAUUCUAGGAACCCCCUGCUCCUGCUGAAACGCCAAUUCUUUCACUCACACCGAGUUCAGCCAAUGGAAAUGGACCAAGUAAUGUCUGAUAGAGACAGUGAAGACGAAGUUUAUGAUGACAUUGCUGAUCUUGAAGAUCGCAGGAUGCUUGAUGAUUUUGUGGAUGUUAGCAAAGAUGAGAAGCAGCUUAUGCAUCUUUGGAACUCAUUUGUUAGAAAGCAAAGGGUUCUGGCUGAUGGUCACGUUUCCUGGGCAUGUGAGGCUUUCUCUAAACACCACGGGCCGGAUUUGGUCCAAUCACCUGCUCUGUUUUGGUGUUGGAAGUUAUUCAUGAUAAAACUUUGGAAUCAUGGUCUUCUUGAUGCCUGCGUAAUGAACUGUAACUUAAUACUUCAGACAUGCCAAAAUGAGAGAUCGGAUGCUACGAAGAGCUGAAAUAUUAUGAAACGUCAAAUGGAGCCCAUUUUUCUCCCAUGAUUUGGUCACAAUAUUCUUGCUGGAAAUUGGUUCUUAAAUAAUUCAUUCUCCAGGUAUUGCGGUCAUGAGGAGUGCAAUUUUAUUUUGAAAACAAAA